UGCAAAAUGGGCACAGAAUGGUAUCACUGUUGCUGGAGGAAAUGGAGAAGGCAGUGAAACCAAUCAACUUGAUUACCCAGAUGGUUUGUACGUCGAUGAUGAUCAAACGCUUUAUGUCGCUGAUAGGGACAAUGAUCGUAUUGUGGAAUGGAAAUAUGGUGCAACAAAUGGAAAAGUGGCUGCUGGUGGAAAUGGAAGUGGAAAUGAAGCUCAUCAGUUACACUGGCCACGAGAUGUGAUUGUUGACAAAGCGAGAGAUAGUCUCAUCAUCUCGGAUGGCGGGAACCAAAGAGUAGUUCGAUGGUCUCGUCGAAAUGAUACUCGUGGAGAAACAAUUAUUUCGAAUAUCUCUUCCUUCGGUUUGACAAUGGAUGAGAAUGGAUCUCUCUAUGUCGUUGACUAUGGAAACCAUGAAGUAAGACGAUAUAAAAUUGGUGACACUAAAGGAACAGUGGUUGCAGGUGGGAAUGGAAAAGGAAAUCGUCUCGAUCAACUCUCUCACCCCACCUACGUAUUUAUCGAUCGAGAUCAUUCAGUAUAUGUGUCUGAUACAUGGAAUCAUCGUGUAAUGAAAUGGGAAGAAGGUGCAAAGCAAGGUAUUGUCGUAGCCGGUGGUCAAGAAAAAGGAAAUAGUCUUACACAAUUGACAGGACCUAACCAAGUCGUUGUCGAUCAGUUGUGUACUGUUUAUGUGGCUGAUUGUAGUAAUGAUCGAAUCAUGCGUUGGCCAAAAGGAGCCACACAGGGAAGUGUCAUUAUUGGUGGAAGCGGCAGAGGAGCACAGUCGGAUCAACUCGAUCGUCCCAUAGGUUUAUCAUUUGAUCGAGAUGGCAAUCUCUAUGUCGUCGAUUACGGAAAUCAUCGAGUACAAAAAUUUAAUGUCGAAUAA